CUCUCCAGAGGGCAAUCGGAGGAUCGCCAAGACUUUUCCAUUUGGCGGCUCCUUUUCCUACCUCGUUGGUGUGAACAAGGAGCUGCUUUAUAAAAAAGAAAAAAAAACGAUGGGGCAGAAGCAGAGACUCGUGAUCAUUGGCGUUUCUACCUUCUUGCUGGUGGCUAUGGUGGUAGCCGUUACAGUUAGCGUGAGCCUGAACAACAAGGGAGCAAAGGAUGCUGAAAAUGAAGAAACAAAAUCACACGUAGCUUCCUCCAUGAAAGCGGUGAAAACCCUUUGCGCACCCACGGAGUACCAGAAAGAAUGCGAGGACAAUCUCAAUGCAAACGCCGGCAACAUCACUGAUCCCAGGGAACUCAUAAAAAUCGCCUUCAACGUCACCAUCUCCCGAAUCAGCGACGGGCUAGGGCAAACCAAGCUCAUGCACGACGUCGAGAGCGAUCCCAGAACCAAGGAGGCCCUCGACACGUGCAAGCAACUCAUGAACCUCUCCAUCGAAGAGUUCAAUCGCUCCCUCCAGAGGUUCAGCAAGUUCGACCUCAACAACAUCGAUCGCAUCCUCACCAGUCUCAAGGUGUGGCUCAGCGGCGCCGUCACGUACCAGGAAUCGUGCCUUGACGCGUUCGAUAACACCACCACCGACGCUGGCAAGAAGAUGCAUGAGCUCUUGCAAACCGCCAUGCACAUGACCAGCAACGGCCUCGCUAUCAUCACCGAGCUGUCGAAGACUUUCUCCGAGAUGCACCUCCCCAAGUCUGGCCGCCGCCUCUUGAUGACCGCCGACGAUUUGCCCGUUCUUGGCAACGAAACCGACGACGACUUUGACGUUCCCGAUUGGGUUGAGAACCGCGGUGGCCUUCGCAGACUCUUGCAUAUGACUGGACGCAAACAAAUGGCCCAUGUGGUGGUUGCCAAGGAUGGCAGUGGAAAUUUCACCACCAUCAACGAAGCCUUGAAGCACGUGCCCAUGAAAAACCUAAGGCCUUUUAUCAUCUACAUCAAGGAGGGCGUUUACGACGAGUACGUGGAAGUUUCCAGGAACAUGACCCAUGUCGUCAUGAUCGGUGAUGGUGGUAGGAAGUCGAGGAUCACAGGCAGCAAAAACUUCAUCGAUGGUGUGGGAACCUACAAAACCGCCAGUGCUGCCAUUAUUGGAGAUUUCUUCGUCGCCAUAGGUAUGGGAUUUGAAAACACAGCCGGUGCUGAAAAACAUCAAGCGGUGGCAUUGAGGGUUCAAUCUGACAGGUCCAUCUUCUACAAGUGCCGAAUGGAUGGGUACCAAGACACUCUUUACGCCCACGCCAUGCGUCAAUUCUACCGCGACUGCAGCAUUUCUGGUACCAUAGACUUUGUGUUCGGCGACGCAGUGGCUGUGCUCCAGAACUGCACAUUCGUUGUCCGAAAGCCGUUGGCAAACCAGCAAUGCAUUGUGACCGCACAAGGUAGAAAGGAGAGCAACCAGCCAUCGGGUCUGGUGAUCCAUGGAGGAUCGAUUGUGUCAGACCCCCUGUAUUACCCAGUUAGGUUCGACAACAAGGCGUACUUGGCUCGUCCAUGGAAGAAUUUCUCAAGGACCAUCUUCAUGGAUUCGUUCAUCGAUGACUUGAUCACACCCGACGGCUACAUGCCAUGGCAGACAUUGGAAGGUUUAAGCGGAAUGGACACUUGUUUCUACGCUGAGAUAAACAACCAUGGCCCUGGUGCAGACAUAUCGAAGCGCGUGAAAUGGGAAGGAAUCAAGGCCCUGACGAAGGACGUAGCAACAGGAUUCUUGCCAUCACCGUUCUUCCAUGGAGAUGACUGGAUUAGGGUCACAAGGGUUCCUUACGACUCUGGCCUGCCCUCCGCCACUCACUGAUCACUUUUAUUUUUCUUUUUGGGAGAGAAGUACGUGUUGCCAAAUUAAAUCGCCAAUUCAUCGCCUAUCACUUUAAUCUUUUUUUUUUCUUCCAUUCAUUAAAUGCUCUCAAAUGCAAGUGUCUAUGAACUGGGAUUUUCCUACAGUUCUCUGUGCUUGUAGGGUGCGUAAUUAAUUAAUUAAUUAGAUUCCCAAUUACUCUUUUGCCUC